AUGACACACAGUACUCGAUCCCCAUUAUUCUGUAAUGCACAGAAUACGGUCUUUUACAAACCAUCCGGUAAAUCACAAGAAUUGGCCCAACAGGCACACAAGGAAGCAUCAGCUGUAGACAAACCCAAAACCGUCGAGGAGUUGGUCCCCAACUACCUCCACGAUUUGAAGUCCGUCUUUGAAAAGAAAGCAGCUGAACGCUUUCCAGAAACCAGGCCUUGGGACCACGCCAUUGACUUGAAACCCGAUUUUAUUCCACGCGACUGUAAAGUCUAUCCGUUAUCGCUCAAAGAACAAGGAGCGAUGGAUGACUUCCUGGAAGAAAAUCUGAAAAAAGGAUACAUCCGACUGUCGAAAUCUCCCAUGGCUUCACCAUUUUUCUUCGUAGGAAAGAAAGACGGAGCACUACGUCCCUGUCAGGAUUACCGAUACCUGAAUGAAGGGACGGUGAAGAACACCUAUCCUCUUCCGCUCAUCUCUGACCUUAUGGAUCAAUUCAAAGGCGCAUCGAUCUUUACGAAAAUGGAUUUACGCUCCGGAUAUAACAAUGUCAGAAUCAAAGAUGGUGACCAAUGGAAGGGCGCAUUUAAGACAAAUCACGGACUUUUCGAACCUAUGGUCAUGUUCUUUGGACUCUGCAACUCCCCGGCGACUUUCCAAAUGAUGAUGAACGCACUCUUCAAGGACAUGAUCGAUGAGGGAUGGAUAGUCAUUUACAUGGAUGAUAUCCUCAUCUUCUCAAACGAUUUGGAAGAACAUCACAUUCGAACCCAACACGUACUCCAACGACUCAAAGACAACGACUUAUUCCUUAAACCGGAAAAGUGUUUCUUUGACGUUAAAGAAGUCGAAUUCCUAGGCAUGAUCAUUCGAGAAAACUACAUUGGCAUGGACCCUAUCAAACUUAAAGAAAUUGCAGAAUGGCCUGAACCAAGCACGGUAAAAGGUGUUCGCUCUUUCCUAGGGUUUGGAAACUUCUAUCGGAAGUUUAUUGCCAACUUCUCGGAUAUUGCCAAACCAUGGACAAAUCUUACGCGCACUGCCGCUGGAUCUCCACCUUUUGAAUGGACAACAGAAUGUCAGACAGCUUUCGACACAUUGAAGCAACAAUUCAGUACCGCCCCAGUACUGUUACUGCCUGACAAGGCAAAACCCUUUAUUGUUGAAUCCGACGCUUCCAAGUUUGCUACGGGUGCAGUUUUACGCCAAGCCGACAUCAAUGGAGACCUCCAUCCUUGUGCCUACAUUUCACAGACGCUCAAUCUAGCUGAACGGAACUACGAAAUCUACGACCGCGAACUCCUCGGAAUCAUUCGAGCCCUCACUGAAUGGCGCCAUUAUCUUGAAGGCUCUCCCCAUCCCGUCGAAGUUCGCAGUGAUCACAAAAACCUCACAUACUUCCGUACAGCUCAGAAGUUAAACCGCCGACAAGCACGAUGGAGUCUCAAAUUAUCACAAUUUGAUCUUCACCUCAUCCAUGUCCCUGGCACUCAGAUGAUCCAAUCUGAUGCGCUAUCUCAUCGUAAUGGACUCGAUGACAGUGAAAGUGACAAUGAAGAUCGCAUUCUUUUACCCAACGCACUAUUCAUGCGAUCCAUUUCCCCGACACUAUUCGACAAAAUCAGAAAUCAUGCAGCAAAAGACCUCAUUGUUCACGAAGCCCUCGAAGCGAUCGCACACAAAGGGCCAUUCCCCAUGAAAUCAUCACUUUCCGACUGGGAAGUUCGCGAUGGUGUCAUCCUCUACAAGGGAAAGAUUUACGUUCCACUAUCCGAAACUCUUCAUCGUGACCUCGUUCGACUACAUCACGACUCCCCUGCCAUGGGUCACCCUGGAAAGUUUAAUACUCUUGAACUGUUACGUCGUGAAUUCUGGUGGCCCGGCAUGUAUACAUUUGUCUACAAUUAUGUUAAAGGCUGUGCCGCCUGUCAACAAAUGAAACCGAAUACUCAUCCAACUCGUAUUCCUUUGGAACCAAUUCCCGCCGACCCACACGCAUUACCAUUUUCCUGUUGCACCACCGAUUUUAUUACUGACCUCCCUGUUUCCAACGGUUUUGAUUCAAUUAUGGUCGUAGUAGACCAUGACCUUACGAAGGGGGUGAUUCUUACGCCCUGCCUCAAAACGAUCACCGCCGAAGGAACGGCCAAGAUUUUUCAUGACAAAGUAUACUCGCGAUUUGGAUUACCCGACCGAAUCAUCUCGGAUAGAGGACCUUAA